CAAGUAGGAGCCCAUUCUCUCUCUCUCUCGUUCCCUCUCACUGGACUCAGCAGAAAGAUUCAGGGAGUCAGAAUGAGUGGGGUGGCCAUCUACCGUUCUAUUUACACUGAGGAUCGGUUUGCCCAGCACUUCAAUGGACCAAAGGAUGAAGAAAAUGUCACGGAGAGCUUUCAACAGACAGAAAGAAGAAGUUAUGCGUGCUCUGGGAAUGCUGGGAAACAAUUCUGGAGAAGGCGACUACCAUUCCUCACCUGGUUGCCUAGGUACAAAAUCAAGCAAUGGCUCAUUGGGGACAUUAUCGCAGGUCUGACUGUGGGCAUCAUCCACAUCCCACAAGGAAUGUCCUUUGCACUGCUGACCUCUGUGGCUCCAAUUUAUGGACUCUACACCUCUUUCUUCCCGGUUGUGCUCUACAUGCUUUUUGGAACUGGACGACAUGUGUCCACAGGCACCUUUGCUGGGAUAAGUUUGAUGACUGGCUCUGUGGUCGAGCGGCUGGUACCCCACCAGUCGGGAUGGAACAUAACAACCCAGGAGGAUCCAGAGCUAGAGAAACAACGGAUAUCUGUGGCAUCAGCUGUAACCUUCCUCUCAGGACUGAUGAUGAUUUGCAUGUUUGUUCUGCAACUGGGGUUUCUUUCCACCUACUUGUCGGACCCAAUCGUGAAGGCGUUUACCAGUGGCACGGCUUUCCACGUUACCAUCUCGCAGCUCAACACCAUGCUUGGACUGAGGCUCCCACGCUUCACUGGACCCUUCACCCUCUUUAAGACACUGGCAUCACUGCUUGGAGCCCUCGCGAUGACAAACAUUGUCGAGCUGAUUAUUUCACUGAUUUGCCUCAGUGUGCUCAUUCCGAUGAAGGAAAUCAACAGCCGCUUCCAGCAGAAACUCAGGACCCCCAUCCCCAUUGAGAUCAUCAUGCUGAUCGUGGCCACAGCCGUCACUUUUGCUACAUCCCUUGACGAGCGUUGUAACGUCCAGAUUGUGGGACACAUCCCUGCAGGGUUUCCAAGCCCUCAGUUACCAGCCCUGGGAAGCAUCCCGAACCUAGUUGGAGACACGGUGGCGAUUACCUUUGUUGGCUAUGCUGUGUCGGUAUCUCUAGCCAUGAUCUAUGCUGACAAGCACAGAUACAAGAUUGACCCCAACCAGGAACUGCUGGCUCAUGGUAUUUCCAACACCGUCGCCUCCUUUUUCACCUGUUUCCCAAGUUCAGCCUCACUAGCUACAAGUAACAUCCUAGAAAGUGCUGGUAGCCACACACAGCUUGCUGGGUUUUUCACCUGUCUGGUUGUCUUGGCGGUGCUGCUCCUGAUUGGUCCACUGUUUUACUUCCUGCCCAAGGCUGUCCUAGCCUGCAUCAACAUCACCAGUCUGCGCCAGAUGUUCCUCCAGUUUCAGGACCUCCCACAACUUUGGAGAGUCAGUCGGAUGGACUUUAUGGUCUGGGUGGUCACAUGGCUGGCAGUUAUCACCCUCAACGCAGACCUGGGACUCGCUGUGGGAGUGGUCUUCUCGAUGAUGACUGUGAUCUACCGCACUCAGAGAGCUGACUGUUCUGUGCUGGGCCAAGCCUCGAACACCGAGAUCUACCGACCCAUGGAGGAGAACAGUAUGUGCCACGAAAUUCCUGGUCUGAAGAUAUUGGCUUACAAUGCCCCCAUUUACUAUGGAAACAAAAGCUUCUUCCGGGAUGCCAUGACCAGAUUAAUUGGACUCACUCAGGAGAAGAUCAAAGCAAGAGCAAAGACCAAGAAGGAACUAAAGAAGAUAAACAAGAUGACAGUCGCCACCAUUGAGAAGGGUCUGCCACGAACUGCCUGCUCAUCAGACAAAGACACAUCACCUGCAGGUGAUCGACAGGAGAGGAUUCAGUCAGUUAUAAUUGACUGCAGUAGCAUCAUAUUCGUUGACACAGCCGGAGCAAGACUAUUUGUUCAGAUGUGCGUUGAGUGUCAGAAAGCUGACCUGUGGGUCUACCUAGCAGAGUGUAACAAAGGUGUUUUGAGAGUAUUAACGUGUAGUGGCCUACUUGAACACCUUCGUCCAGAGCAGAUCUUUGUAACUGUGCACGAUGCUGUUGUCCACUUGGAGCAAGUCAAGGAAGCUUCAUCACAGAAAAGCACAACAAUUUGGGUAUGAAAUCUUCCCGUGGACUUUCAGUUCAUUUACCGAUUAAACCAAGCACUUAAAGGACAUUCACAACGUCCUGUAUGACCAGGAUUAGCUUUCAAGGAUGCUUGAAAAAAAGCAAAUAGAUUCUGUUCAAGCUGGGACUCAGAGUGAGACUUAUGUUAUGAUGUAAAAUGUGCAGUAUUUUGCUAAUGGAAUGCAGUUACAGAUUAAGCUGUGUAACGUAGUUUUUUAGGGACUGUGUCAAAAUGGUUACCCAAAGCAAAUGAUUGUUAAGUUCAAGCUAAAGGUCACAUUUAACAAAGCAGGUAGCCAACUUCAACCCCUCCUGCCAAUAUUUAUCAAGAUUUAAUCCAGAUGGAAUUCUAUUGCCACUGGGAAUGCCUGAGAUUAGUUAAUGAGACAUAGACUGGUUCAUUAAAGGGCUACCGGUUUCAUGGAGCGCUUGGCAAACAAUAGAAUUGAUUUGAGUUGGAGGUGAGGAAGUUGGGGUAGAGGAGAGUAGUGUUCUUACCUGCAUGGGAUUAAGCUGAAAUAGAUGGACAUCAAUUUAUAUCACUAGUGUUGGUCCUUUCUUUUGUAUGGUAGGUGUGAAUGAAUGGACAGUUAUUGCUCGUUGCUUCUUGAAUUUUUUCUUUAGUUACAUUUGAGAAUUCAUCUGGCUCCAUGCAUUUUGGAACAUGGUCAGACAGGCCAGGAUGCCUAGUCUCUGCCAACCUAUAUCAGGUUACUGAGGGGGCAGCUUGGAGGGAAAAUGAUGCAGCAUUUCUACCCCCUGCUCCCUCCGCAAAGGGGUCUGCUGGGAAGUCCACAUACAUAUGCGUGUGUUUUGAAGUCAACGUGGGGUCAGCUGUGUUGCUCCUGAUACUGUAGAGAAAGACCUGGAGGCACUUCAGACCUUUGAGCACAUUGCCCCAUUCAAUUAAUGACAGAUCUGUAGAUCAACUUAAGAAAUGAGGGCUGGAGUCACCAACAUGUUCCUUGAGACUUAAACCUGUGCCCUCUCCCCACCUCCAGACUCCACUGCCCUUGAAAAAAAACUCUAUUCUAUCUGUGCCUGUCAUAAUAUUAUAAACCUCUACAAGGUCACCACUCAGCUUCCUACGUUCCAGUGAGAAUAAACCCAGCCUAUCCAAUCUCUCCUUGUAAAUACAACCCUCCAUUCCAGGCAAUAUCUCUUCCAGUGAAUCUCUCCACACUCUCUGUAUAGCUUCCAUAUCCUUCCUGAAGUGUGAUGACCAGAAUUGUACACAACACUCUCAGUAUGGUCUAACCACUAUUUUGUAAAGCUGUAUUAUGACACAACCCUAAGGUCCCUGUCAGUUACUGUGAGUGUCCUACCAAAAUCUGACUUCCCAAAGAGCAUUAUCUCACACUUGUCUGGAUUAAAUUCAAUUUGCCACUCCUCUGUCCAACUUUCUAGCUGACCUAUGUCCUGCUGUAUCUUUAGACAAACUUCUUUGUGAUUUAUGACUCCACCAACUUUUGUGUCAUCUGCAAACUUGCUAAUCAGACCUCCUUCACUCUUAUCCAAGUCAUUAUGUCAAGCCAUAAGUGGUCCAGCACAGAUCCCUGCAGUAUAUUACUAGUUACAGACUUCCAGUCAGAAACAUAUCUCUCUUGGCCUCAGCUCUACUUCCUGCUUGUUUCCCAUAAACCAACCAUCUGUCAUUCUUGGCAACACCCAAAGAACUGGAUUUCCUUCCAUCAUUGAUGCUACCCUCAUUCACACCUCCUCCAUUUCCCGAACAUCCGCGCUCACCUCAUCUCCCCACUGCCUUAACAGUGAUAGAAUUCCUUUUGUCCUUACCUACCAUCCCAUGAGUCUCUACAUCUAACACAUGAUUUUCUGCAAGUUCUGCCAUCUCCAAAGGGAUCCUACCACCAAACUUAUCUUUUCCUCCUCCACUCUCUCUGCCUUCCACAGGGAUCACUCCCUCCAUGAAUCCUUCAUCCAUUCGUCCCUCCCAGUACUUUUCCCUGAAAGCAGCCUAGGUACUACACCUGCCCAUUCACCACUUUCCUCACCUCCAUUCAAGGCCCCCAAACAAUCCUUCCAGAACAACACUUCACCUGUGAAUCUGCUGGGGUUGUCUUUUGUGCCCGGUGGUCCUGAUGUAGCCUCCUCUACAUAGGUGAGACCUACUGUAAAUUGGGGUAGCUGCUUUGUCAAGCACCUCUGCUCCAUCUGCCAAAAGCAGAACUUCCCGAUGGCCAAGCAUUUUUAUUCUGAUUCCCAUUCCCUUUCUGACAUGUCGGUUCAUGACCUCCUCUUGUGCCACGAUGAGACCACCCUCAGGAACUGGAGCACCACCUUAUAUUCCAUCUGGGUAACCUCCAGCCUGAUGAAUGAAUAUUGAUUUCUUAUUCUGGUAAAAAAAAAGUUUCCCUCCCCCUCCCCGUCCCCUCUUCUUCUAUUCCCCACUCUGACCUCUCACCUGCCUAUCAGCUCCUCCUGGGUCCCAUCCUCCUUCCUUUUCUCCUAUGGUCCAUUCUUCUCUCCUAUCAGAUCCCUUCCUCUCCAGCCCUUUACCUUUCCUACCCACCUGGCUUCACCUAUCAACUUCUAGCUAUCCUCCUUCCCCCCUCCCCACCUCCCCACCUUUUUAUUCCAGCAUCUUUGACCUUCCCUUCCAGCCCUGAAAGAGAGUCUCGGCCUGAAACAUCAACUGUUUAUUCAUUUCUGUUGCCUGACCUGCUGCGUUCCUCCAGCAUUUUGUGUGUGUUGUUUCGGAUUUCCAGUAUUUGCAGAAUCUCCUGCGUUUAAGUUCUGUCAUUCUUGUCCUUGAAUAUAGUCAAUGGCUCCACCUCUACAGCUCUCUUGGAUAAAUUCCAAAGAUUCCCAUUGACCUGAGAAGAAUUUCCUCCAUACCUAAGCUCCACCUUAACUGGCUUAGCUUCAAAUUCCUUAAUCAUCUCACUCAACAGUUCAGUUCUGAAAUUUCCAGCUGACCCCAGUUCCAACACAGUGAAGUGAGUGGUUGAUCCUGCCAAGAGAGAAGGUGGAAGUUGUUUCAGCUAAAUACAGAUUAGAUAAUUUUUCCUCCCACAAAUAAUUUUGAGUAAUUUAAGUCCUGAUAAGUGGAGAGUAUAUCAAGUUUUGAGAGAAUCAGGUGAACUUUGAUCUCUGGUUCCCAAAUCUCUCCACUAAUGGAUUACAUUAAGAAAUGUUUCCUGAUGAGAACUCAGUGUAAGUUUAUACCUCCUUAUUCAGUACUCCCUCAUCAGAGGAAAACAUUUUUCUCUCAGUCAACCUUUUCACCUUGAUCAGAUGGUCAAGCUAAUGACCAGGUAUCUUGAUAAGGCACCUUUCCUCAGUGUGCAGAGACAGGUCACUAGGCUGAUAUACCAGACUGACCAUGAAGUUGUGAGUCCGCUAUAGGAAGUGGCCUCAGGAGAACUGGGAGGGCACCAACAAGCUUGGAGCUUUAUGCAAUGUUAAGGCAACCUAGAGCACAAAGGGGAAGGGUGGAAUUGUAAACUGAAAGGUCAUAUUUAUCCGUCAAUGCUUAGCUAUGACAAUGAAUUUAAAGUAUCUUCAGUUCUACCAGUCAUUAAUUGUGUCUGAUUUACCAAUGUGAUUUGAUUAGAAAUUUAUGUCUGUUAAUAAACA